AUGCAAGACAUGACACAGAAGUUGCUUGCCACCCCGGCUCAAGUUAACCUCGUUGCACUAGUGCCACAAAGAGAAAUAGCCGAUGAUGCGUUUUGGAAUGAUCCUGUAACAUUAGCGGCUAUAGACGACAUUAUGAAGGCAGUUGAGCAACGAGAGCAUUUUCGAGAGCAUGAUGAAGACGCCGAUGAUAACUAUAACCAUGCGAGCGGGGAAGCAACUGCAUUUGUGAUUCCUGCUGUGACUCCUGGAGUGGUCAUAGAUCAACAAAUGGUGGAGACGCCUCCCGUAGUAGAUGCACAACUAGGCAGUGUUGACGAUGUACGUGGAUCCCCGAGGCUAAACAGGCGCAUCCAGGCUACCAGUGCAAUGAAAUCUCCCUACCAAGAGAGAGCAAUUGAUGUGGUUAAGAAGCUUGACGGGAAAGAGAAGAUGAUAGUCAACUGGAUAAUGAAGAAUGAUGCUGCUGAUGGGAGUUCUAAGUUAGUUGGAUUAGCCAUUCCGGACGUUGUUGACAUGGCAUGGGUCAAGGGGGUUGAUGAGGCUGAUGUCGGUGUGAUCACAAUGCGCCACAUGGAGACUUUUAAGGGCGCUGUUGGUGAGAGUUGGAAUCCACAGCUAAAGGUGGGAGACAAAGGACAGACGAAGCUCAUGAGGAAGCGCUAUAGUUAUGUCAUAGCUUGUGCACCGAAUAAUAAACUGAGGGAUAUCAAUCUAGCGGAAGCAAAUAGAUUUCAUCCGGUGUAUCUCGCAAAGAAGCAACACAUUGAAACUCCCAGACCAGAUGGAUGA